AUGCUUAUUGUCAAUAGAGCGGCGGCUGGUAUCAUGGCGGGCCACGAAACUGACAUCUUGGAGAUCCAUUCCCAAACCAACUCGUUCGCCGAAAGCAUUCUAUCAAGCGCCCGCACAAUCUAUGCGUUUGAGGCGCGUGACAGGCUAGUCAGAGAAUUCGACACGUACUUGACUAAUGCCCACCACGUUGGUAACAGAAUCUCGCCUUCUUUUGGCACUCUCCUUUCAGCCGAGUACUGCAUCGUCUACUUGGGCUACGGUCUAGCGUUCUGGCAGGGUAUCCAAAUGUUUUCUGGAACGAGCAGCCAGGGACUCACUCGACUGAGCCUGCAGAAGCUCAGCAUGUAG